AACAAGUCACGUGCCGUUAGGGUUCCUGUGAACUCGGCUAGGAUUUUGGUCUCCCUGUACUCCAUUUCUGUAUUUUCAUUUCCACUUUCCAGAGAACAGCAAUGGAAACAUCUCUAAGAUAUGGAUAUGGAAGAGACUCCAGAGCUCUAAGAAUCCAUGCUAAGGAGAAGCUCCACAUUGAUUCAAAAACUCACUUGCAGGUUCAUGGAGAGCUAGACACAAAGAUUGGGGCACCAAGUUACUUUUGUGCAAUGAUAAGACACUAUUAUCCAGAUUUGUCAGCAAGCCUUGGUGUAGGAUUGCAGUAUGAUAAACGUGACAAGCUCCGGUAUACUGUGCGUGGAAAAAUGGCAUAUCCUGUGACAAACAAUGGCCUGUUGACCUUCAAUAUCAAGGGGCAGUGUAACGUUGACAAAGAAUUCAAGGAGAGGACGUCAAAAGGAGCUGCUGAGUUUUCUUGGAGCAUAUUCAAUUUCCAGAGAGAUCAAGACGUUAGGCUUAAAAUUGGCUAUGAGGUUUUUGAGAAGAUUCCAUAUUUCCAGGUUAGAGAAAAUAACUGGACUCUAAAUGCUGACGUGAAGGGUAGAUGGAAUGUGAGGUUUGACUUGUGAAAGAGUCAAAGAUUGAUAUUUCUUAUAGACGCAAUUUGUGGGUGCAAAAUACACUUGAUCUCAAUUCUAUAGAAAGCUGCUGAUCUUUGGGCAGAUUAGUGAAAUUGCAAGAGCAUAUCCUUA